GUGGAAAAUGUUGAAGUGUGUUUAGUGUUGAGUGCUUAUAAUUCCUUUAUGUGACAAUAUUUUUCAUUGCAACCGCCUCAUAAUAUUCCCAAGAAUGAUACUGGGUUACGAUUGAAAUUUCAUCAAAAAUCUCACGCUGAAGAUCUAGUAAGCUGUAUUUACCGUGUGGUUUAUGAUAAAUCACUGUACAAAGGGGUACACAAUAUUUUGACCUGAAUCCAAAGGAUGUACCUGAAGGACAUUAUGAGUCUGUUUGUUCUUUUGUACACGGCACCAUAGACGUAAUGUUGCGAAGUAAAUGAUCUCCACCAAGGAUAGGAAGCUAAAGCCCAUGAAGAGUCCCAACAAACCACCUGUGCUGGCUGUACACAUGGAAUUUUAUAAUUGAGACCGUUGCAAUUUUUCAAAUCGAGCUUUUAACAAUUUAUUGUCAUUUCGAAAAAUUAAGUAUUUCGCUCAAAUUUCAAUUAACUACCUUUGUUCUAUAGGCAUAGGAGAGAUACUCUAUAGCAUAGACGCAAGAUAAUCAAUAUUAGGACACAGGAUCUGUACGUACACGUAUGUAGUGGAAGGAUUAGAAGGAGGAACUUAGGAAAAUUGCAAACAAUGGAAAACCGUUUACUAAGCGCAAGAAUUACCGUGGACAGUUAAUUACCACUGGCACUUAAGUAAUUAAAUUAGAAGCAGAAAUGUUGUAUUUACGUACAGAGAAACUCCGUGAAUCCAAACAGCUCGUUCUUCACGUAUUUCGUAAACUGAGAGUCGACGAAGAACAAAUGGACCACUGCCAUGUUCUCCCUGUUAACAAAAAGAUUUAAUCGUUCAAUUUAAUUUAAUUCCCGAAAGUUUUACUCUCAAGUAGUAUUUUAAGAUAAUUAUUUCUAAUUUUUAUAUUCAUUAUAUUUACGUAAAAUAUUCCCUGCCCUUCGUCACAUAGUUAUCCGAGAUAGAGAACGAGGGCACCAAUUUACUCUGCGAAAUUUGGACGCUGUAGUUGAUCUCAAAGCAUCCUGGAUAGCAAUUACAACUAGAAACGUUCAGAGAAGAUAUACCAAUGUCAUCGUCGUAAAGCUUCACUUCCAUUGCUCGGCGGGCAAUCGUCGCACAAGUCUCGUCCUUCUUUUCACAGAUCGGUGUGUUCGACGAUUCUGAGAACGCACGAAUUAUAAUCGUUAAUCAGAGUCAGGAAUUUAUAUUAAUUAUGCUUUCGAAUUCUUUAUGUGAAAUUGUUUACUGGGCAUGUAAUAUUGAACGCAGUGACAAAUCUUCUGCGUGAAAUUUGCCUCGCACUCGAGGACACAAUUCCUCUGCGUGUAAGUUCUAUAAUAGCGCAACUUUCUCUCGGAUGUGAAGAAGCACUUCCUCUUCCUCUGAGGAACGGAUAUUAUCGACUUGCUGGCGGUCGAUAUCCGAGGCGCCACGAUUACCCUGGUCUCAUCUCCCGGGGUCACUGAGAACGCAAAUUCUGCGAUCUUCGGUGUUUCGACUGGAUUGUGCAACAGCAACUUGUACGAGAAACAUUUUCAUUUGAUCAUUGCACUAUUAAUAUUACUCGAAUGAUCCCAAUUAGAGGAGAUUUGGUUUGAAAAAUAUUAAGAUACCUUGAAGCCAACACUGGCGGUAGACGAGCAAUAAUACUCCCCAACAUCCGCAUCAAGGACUAAAGUGAGACCGUAGAAUUGUCCAGCACCGUAAGGUCUCCAUGGUAUGGAAUCCGGGGCCACGUUCUCGUCGUAACCAGUUUCCGGACUCCAGUCGAUGCUGUUAAACGGAAACGUGAUGUUCAGAUCGGACCAGUCUCGUCUGAAAGAUGCAUUGAAAUUUAUUAGACAAUCCUAAUUAAUAUCGUAAACUAUAUCUACUUACGGAUUGUAAAACAAGUAUUUCCUGUGUACCGAAUUAAAAUUGCAACAUAUUCCUUCGUCGGUCAUCGUGGGAUUAAAAAUCUUUUCACAGUCAGUUAGAUUUCCAUGCCAUUUACAUAGAUGUAGCAUCUCUGUACAGGAUUGUGAUACCUGUUGAAAAUUACUCAAUGAAAGCUUAAAAACACUCCUCGUUAUUAAUGUAGUAGAACGUCUGAAGAAAUUCCACUACGUUCAUUUAAACUUCGCUAGAACUUCCCAAGAGUUUCUAAAGUUAGUCCCUCAAAACCGCGACUUCUAUGUAGUACCUAAACUACCAAAGUAUCGGAUUAAAAUUAUUUAUCAAACAAAUUAUUAAAAUAAUAUAUGAUUGAGAAAACUUCUUUUUCUAUUUUCAGAUUCAACGGAGAUACGUAUAAUACUUAGAUGUUCUGUACACAUAUUCAGGAUGGAAGAUACAUUUUCUUUAGAAGAGCAUCGAUAAUCAUCUAGCGAAUUAGCUGAAUUAUCUUGCGACUUACGUUAAUCAUAAAAUGUAGCAUAUUGUUCCAAUUGAUUGCAGUCUCGUCAAGAUUUAGACUCGUAUUAUGAUCAAAAUUGCAUCUAUCAUCCAGCAAGAUUUUCUUGCGUGCGUCGUUACUGCAAUAAAAAAAAUUCAUUAUCGUUUUAGAUUAGUUUUACGUCCAGGAGAUUUUUAUUCGUAUACCCAGCGUUUAUUCGAGCAGCCUCGCUCUUCUUUGCGUUGUUCAUAUUGCAAACGGUAACCGAAGGAAACGGAAACUCGCUUAGAGACACUGAUUCAGGGCUUAGAGAGAUGAUAAUGGGCGUUGAAACCCAUUUUCUGUACAGAAACCAAAUGUAAUAAGCUGCGGUUAGAAAUGCGAGAGAAAACGAAAUUAUCCAGAAGACUCUGUAAAGAUAUCAAAGGAUGCAACGUGAUAAGUUUUCUAGAUAUUAUUUCAGAAAAAUUACAAUUCACUUACCUUUCGAGUAUUGUUAAAUUUGAGUCACCAAUAUAACGUAAACCAUGAAGACUACUGUUUGUACAGUAUUGCUUUAUAGUGUUUUUAACAUCCAAAUGUUUCAAACGCAAUUGAUUUUCACCUUUACUAAAUUAAGAAAACGGCAUUUAAUUAAUUGUCUAAGUAUUUCUCAACAGAAAGUUAACUAAUACUAUAUUUUACCUUGAAUUUUUAUCAUCAUCCUGGUCCAAAUUUUGCGCUAGAGUACUUUCUUUUUUGAGCAUCGACUUCUUAUUGUAUCUAGAUCUCAACGUUGUAUCUUUCGAUCGGUACAUAAUCUUGUAAAAAUUUGUAUUUACAUUAGUAUAACUCGUAGUUUAAUGCAAUAGCAGCGUUAUUCGAUUACCUUGAAGGGUGUUGGUCGUACUUUGAAAUUUUCUCGUGACGCGUAUCCUUCCAAAAUUUGAGGCGGUUGAUACGGAUUUUGCAGAUGCAAAGUGUUAAUCGAAUACGGCAGAUUAGGAUCGUGGCUUCUUAAAUAAUUCAACGUUGUCCUGUCGACGGUUUUGUAAGAGUUCUCGAGUUCGUUGUCGUCCUGCGUACUCGGAUAUUCUCGGUAAUAAAGCUUAAUCGGCAUCGCAUUCACUUCUUGAGUUGUCUGAUUGCUAUACGAUCAAUUUAUUUCUUAAGCAACUUCGUUGUUGAUUAUAGAAUAGCGUUACCUUCUUUUGAAAAGUUGCAUCGGUGUCUCAAACGGCGCUCUCUUAAUUUAUAAGGUCUCCCCUUUUUUUCUCUACAAAUUUCUCAAACUCAGAGCAGCCUCUUGAAGGCAACCGUUUAGUUUAAUCAGGAAAUAUUUUCCUACAAUUAAGAGUAAUGAAAAUUGUGUCAACUUAUUAUAAUCGUAUGACGAUCCUUGCGAAGGAUGUCAAUCGACUUGAGGUCAACGAUGGCGUAGGCGUCCUUUUAACUUCCUUACAUGGAAAGAGUGUGCGUACGAUGACGCAGAGAAUUGUAAAUUACUGUUUUAUCGUUCCUUUCCGAAGGAUAUCUUUUGCACACUUUGACUGAGCACAGGGCGAGGAAAGCAAGCUUCCAUUUGCUAUAUCGCGUCGACGUUUCUCCUUUUCAUUCUUCUUCGAAUGAACGAAUUUCAUGCAGAAAUGUUUAUAUAAGUCGUUAAUCAAUUGUAACGCAUUGGCUGGUAUAGAAGGGUCAGCUGUAUUCUUAAUAUUGAAAUCAUAAUGUAGAGUGAGUUGUUAAAAAUGAAAUUGAAAGAUUGCGUCUUUCUGACGGUUAAAAAGUGUUUGCUGAAAUUACCUACAUAAUAGAGACUCUGUUGUCGAGAAACGUGUAAAUGUUUGCACAAGGAACAAACUCAUUAUUAAGUACCAUUUAUUCAUGUUAUCGAGCAAACAUUACCUCCGACAUUUCAAGCUCGUGAAAGUUUCAUAAGGCGCGUUAAAAACGCAGAAUUAAUACUGAUAAGAUGCACUUGAAAUUGCAUCGACACUUGUCGUUAGAUUGUAGGUCAGCAUUGUUUAUCUUCCAUUAAUAACGUUGUAAAAGAUGACACUAGAUUAACGAGCAGAAUUUUUUGUUCAACAUCGUGAAAAUCUAUCGUUGAACAGUUACAGCAAUGCAAUUCUUGAUAUUAUAAAAUUAAUUCUUCUAUUUUUAUUAUAGUCAUGUCGAAGAAGAACAGAAAGAGAAAAUCUGAGGAUGAGAAUCAAUCGCCGAUUGACUGGGAGGAGGAGAAUAUUUUUUCUGAGGAAAUAAAAAAUGAAAUGAAAUCUAUGUGGGAGAUUCCACAGAUAUUUCAGUUCCUUCAUUUGGCUAAGGAAGCUCUGAAUAUACCUCAUUUAUCCAUGUACGAAAUGGAGCGUAUGCUUUUAAUUCCAAGAGCUUCGAAACAGCUGGCAAAUAUCAUGACGUCCUUACUAAGUUCUCCAGUGACAAAAGCAAAAUUAAGAAAAAUACCACCCAUGCCAUACGAAUUUUGGACAAAUAUUUUAGCUUACAAAAUGAAAAGCUGGUUCAAAGUAUACGAAGCGAAACACCAGGAUGCAGUCAAAAUUCUAGAAACCAUCGGGGUUGAACCAGAAUUCUGGAAUGUUUUUCCGGAUGCUCCUUUGCUGAAUGGCAAGGAUUUCGAGGAAUUAACUUUUAAACAGAAGGUGUGGCUUCUGAAAACAGUCUGUGAUACAGUUAUGCACUCUAGGAAAACUGUACAAGAUGAAAUAGCCAAACAACCAUGGGAGAACCAGUUUGAAACAGUCCUAGGAACUGAUCGUUACGGGGCAAGAUAUAUUUAUUUUCCAGAAUUUCUAAAAACCGAUCUACGGAUAUACAGACAUUCUCUUGAUAAUAAAAUUUAUUCGACAGUAAAGGUACCGGCGUCAGAACCUAUCAAGUCGAAGCUGCAUACAAAUGGAGAAAACAAAGUAUCGGAUCAAAAUGAUUUAAAGAAACAAGGUAAACGGAGAAAAAGAAGGUCAAGAUGGAGCAACGGUUUACCUCCAAAAUUAAGAAAAAAAGGAAACAGGUGUGAUGAUAAACAUAUGAAUGAUUGCAAAUGCAACAGUGACAGUGCAACGAGCUCUUUAAUGAAUGAAGAUAUAGAUAUGAUUAGUAUAAGCACAUGUAGCAGUAGUAAUAAUAAUAAUAAUGAUAUUAAUCCAAACACUAUAAAUGUAAAAAGAUCAAGAAGUUCAUCGAAAUGUUCGGAAAUGAGUACGGAAUCGGAUAAAAGUUGUUGCACGAAAUCGAGCGGCUACGAUACGAAUCGUUCGGUCGACAAUCUUCAUGAAAACAAAUCGUCUGAAAGACCGUUUAAAGGUUUCCCGAAUAGCAGUGAUAUUACGGAUAAAAAUUCUAAUGUAGAAAUAAUUGAUGGGAUUAUGAAUAGUUUAAAGUCCGAACUGAGCGAGAAGAAAAAUACUGAAGAAUCUGACAUUAGUUUAACGCAUACCUCUGAAGACAAACUAGAAUUAACAUCGACGAAAGAGCAGUACUUAGAUACAUUGAAUUUACACGUAAGCAAAAGUGCAGCUAACGAUGAAACCAUUGAUAAUUUAUCCAGUAUCUCGAAAACAGACGACGAAAAGUUGAACGAAAUUAUCAGUGCUGAAAGUUUGAAGUUAAACGAGAUUAGUGACAUUAAUGUUGUUAAUAAAACGUGUCAGGUGUCGACGUCGAAAUCUGACGAUGAAAAAUUAAAUGAAACAAGAAUUAAUUACGAUACAAUUAAAGAGGAUGCUAAUCUUCCUGAAGGAAAGGAGGAAAAUGAUAUACCGAGGAGAGCAAAUGGGCAAUUUUCAAAAAGGCAGAAAUUAAAUAAUUUAAUAAUUAACGAUAAGGAAAUGAGAAAUUCUAAACGAACGAAUAAAAGUAAUAACGAAGUAGAAUGUAACGAUGAUAAAGAUCUUUCUUUAAGCGAAUUAAGAUGCCUGUUGCAAAAGGAAGCAAUGGACGACGGGUAUUAUCUUGAUGCAGAAUGCAGGGUGGAUUAUAAUAGUAGAAAGAACGGAAAGCCAGAUGUGUGGAAACAAGAAGCGGAAGAUUUUAACCACAUGCUUUUAGAACUUGGCUCUUCGAAAUUUGAGCUCGUAGCUGACAGUGUCAGUUCAUUAAGAGAUCUCCUUUCAACCUUUUCUCAGAAGUGUGAUAAUCCAGUUACCGACGCCUCUACUGAACAAGAAUCUAUUCCUCCCUGUGAAAUACAGUUAAUCAAAGAAUUGACAGAGUUACUAACCACCGUAGAAAAAAUGGAAUCAUCUUUACGCGAGUCAACGAGAAGAGCCAGAGGGAAACUUCAAAAGGAAUGGACCAAUUUUAAAGAAGGCAGUGCGGAGGAUCAGGACUCAUCUGGGGAGGGUGUCAACUCUAAUUGGUGGGUUCUUGGAUCACAGAGCUGUCCAAUUUCCGGAGAGUCAACGUUACAAACGUUACCGCAGUUUACUGUAUCCACAACUGGCUCUCAAAACCGAAACGAAGAUCGUCAAGAGGAUCGGCGCGUCAACGCCGUCGAGUGCGAUACAAAUAUCGGUGAAAAAUGUAAGAAACCUGAGGGUAAGACCGUGCAAGAUGAAACGCAAGGAAGUCAGUCGGAAGGAAGCGAAGGCAACGCCCAGGAGAACUCAACAGAAAUCAAGAAAGAUCCAAAGGAAGACACAAGCCACGAAAGUGGAAGAGUGUUGCGUGCACGCGGCGUCUCCUCGUACACCUUUUAUUCAGAUGACGAGACUGAGGAGAACGAGUUGGAAGAAUGGGCCGACCUUGAGGCCGUGUACGCGGCUCCCGCUGCACAGACCGAUUCAUCCGCUUCUCACCUUGCUCCGAAAAUCGGAAACACUGAUGGUAGAACGAACGAGGAGGACUCAGACCAAGAUUGGAUUCUACCGAGCUCUCGCAAAAGGAGAAAUAAACGUCCAUCUGCGAGUAAAAGAUUAAAAUCGUUCCAACACAAGUUACAAAGCAUCAAAGUUGAUGCACUCCAAAAUGCAGCCGAAUCAACGAUAACUGCUUUAAAUGGAAAAAACCAAAAACCUAAGCCGAAAAUCAAAGAAAUCCAAAUACGUAAAACAAACGAGCCAGUCAGUUCAGAGAACGGUGAUGCUGCGGUAGAAAAUGCCCCAGAGAAUCAUGAUAACUCGGUAGAAAAUGACAAACAAACAGUGCCUUCCAUGGAAAUCAACUGCAAAAUUGAAAACGUUGAAAGUGUACACUCAGAGUUGGACAUUAAGGAUGAAGGUCCUAUUUAUGAUUCUACGGGUCAGUACGAAAAUAGCUACGCCACGAAUUUCAAUCCAAAUUAUGUCAACUAUUAUGUGAUGCAACCGAAUCCUGUGAACGUUGCUCCGCAGAAUGCAUACGGGCAACCGGGUCCGGUAGUUUCGAAUAUUAUUUCACCGGUUCAGCAAAGUUAUUAUGUGCCAGGAGGACAAAAUUAUAUCAUUCAUAAUCCACAACCAAAUUUCAUACCUUCUCCACCGUUUCAGCCACAAGGGCCGCAAAUGAUGGCGCCUCAACAAUUUAUCAGCCAGCCUAGUUACGUACCUUACAUGAUAACACCUCAGUCUCACCCUGAGUGUGUGCCUACAGAAUCCCAAACCGUUGCUGCUCAACAGACCCCUCAGAAUCUUUCAAUGUACAUUCAAUCUCCAAUGCCAGCAGCUAAACCACCUCAAAACAGGUACCCGACGCCACGACAGCAAAUUCCUCAUCCCCAUGGCGCGGUUAUAAGAAGUAGUAUGCCAAUUAGAGGAAACUUCCCUCAUAGAGCUAAUGGGAGGCCAACGAAGAACGUCCAACAAGCACGUGGUGGUGCUCCUACAAGACUCCAGAGGCCAAGAAGACAGGCUGUGCCUUCGGAAAACACCGGCCAAAAGACUACUUCUUUGAUCGUUCUCAGUGACAGCGACGAUGAGAUCGAGAUGAUUAUUACUGAAAAGACUGGUGCUAACGCUGAAUCGGAGAGAACAAAAACGGCACCUCGUAAAAAUUAUUUACAAUCCAAACAAAAUAUAACAGCUAAGUCAGAAGACACGGCGGUAACGACGACAACGGCGACGACCACAACGACGACAAAAAGUACAAUUUCUCCUCAAAUUAUUCAACGUAUGAGCCAAGGAGGUAUUUCUAUAACACCAAUUAAGUCUGCACCACCUGUUCAGAAUUCGAAUACACAGUUAGUAGUGGUCGUGAACGAAACUGGAAGCCAUUAUGCCUUAGCAUUACCCAAUGGAAGCAAGUUGAUCCUUACUCCUGAGCAGGUGGCACAGAUACGAGCUUCAAAUGGUGGUAAACUAAUCUUAUAAAAUUGCUAACUUAUUUCUAACUUGUGGGAAACAAUGAACUUUGAUCUCUUCUUUGUCUAUAGUGUAUCUUCGUAGACAACGUAUUCUGAUGUUCCUACAGUACAGCAGCAGAAGUACGAUUCUUUUCCUUGCAAAAAAUGUAUUAAUUUACACAGAAAUUUUUAACGGAAGAUGUUAUUAAUUUUAUUUUAAAUGUUUCUUUUUUCCCAUGUUGCAGUGUUAGAAAAUAAUUAGAGUGAUACUUGGGACCUGUGAUGUCUAUAUCCAUUUUUAUAUAUUUUGUUAUAGCAGAGCAAUAUUGGUGUCUUAAAUUGUAUGAAAAUAUCAAAUAUUAUAAUGAAAUAUUCAUUUUUCUGAAGCAUUAAGAUGAUUUUUAUGGUGAUAAUCAGAAGUUCUAGGAUUAAUUCUCAUUUACCAAAACAUAUUACCAUAUGUUGCCAAAUUAUGUUAUUUGUAUUGUUUGCAGAAUUGAGUGGAACAUUUUUUCUUGUAUAGUAACCAGCUUUGAACGAAGUCAUAAAUGCAUAUUAUUAUUAAUUACAUACAAUUUUUAAGUUCAAUAGAAUAAGGUAUGUAAAUAAUCCUUACAAAUAAGAUAAUUUAUAAAAUGAUCAAUCAUGAGCAGCAAGUUUUUGAAAAGCAAUGGAAAAAAGUAAAAAUAUAACCCAAAAUGAAUUUAUUUGUAUUAUAUUAAAAAUUGCAGUGAUUUUGUUACAACGACAAUUGUUCAGAAAAUAAAGUUUUGUAUCUUUGGUACAUGGUAGAAAAAUUGAGCAGCAAAUUCAUUGUGAAAAGACCUCGUUUUUAUUCAAAACGUUAAGUUUUUAUAAUACAUAAAAAUACGUUCAUCAAACAACCCCGAGAAAGAUGUCUGUAAACAGUAUAUUUAAUAAAUCCAGAUGAAGGAUAAUACAAUUUUCAGUACGUUACACAUAUGUUACAAAUAUAUUACAAAAGUACACUAAAACAAAAAGCUUUGUACACUUCACAGUGAAUAGGAACGUUAAAUAUUUUAAUAACAAUGAAUGCGCGUUUCUUUCAAUUAUGAAAAAGAAAUGAGACGUAGCAAAGUCUAAAUUAGACUUAGAUUUCAAAACAUUGGAAAGUUACAGGAACUUGAAUUAUUUACCAUCAACGUUGACAAUAAAUUACAUAAAUAUGUUAUUAUGACAAAGCCAAAUUAUUAUGGGAAAUCAAACAGUUCAAUCUUGGAAUAUCUUCGCUUACAGAAAUGGAUCAAGCAAUUGCGGAAAAUAAUUUUAAUAAUGCUAAAGAAAAUUAAAGAGAGCCACGAGUGAAAAAUUCUUCUUAUCAAUCAGUAUCUUCGAUCUGAUUCCUGUUCUUAUACUUCUCCUUGUCAAAAGUUAAGAAUUUUGACAGACGUGAACCAUUAUAUGGUACUUCGCUUCCAGGUGGAUGUAGUCGCAUCUAAAACAGAAAUAUACAUAUAAAUUCAUAUGAAAACAAAGAAUAGAAAUUGAACAAAUCAGUAGUUAAAUAUACUUCACUUUUCUUGUUGGACAAACUUGAAUAAAAUAUUACCUACUGCACGACACACAUCUGAUGAUCUUCAGGUUCACCUCAUGAACAAAUUCUAUUCUUAGAGGUAAUUUUCUCCAUAAUUUGCAAGAAUCACAAUCAAAAGUAAAGAAGAUACUUUUCAAAUGAAUACAGAGAGAAUAAAGAAAUUUUUUUCAUAAUUACUAUUUAUUUGUUCAGCUUGUAGCAAUCUUUUAAUCUUGCGCAAAUAAUAACUGAUUCAUCUGCUAAACGUGCAUCGACGAAAUCAAAUAAAUGCAAAGUUAGUGUGCAAACUGUUGUCAAAAUAUCAGCCAUGGAUAUUAAUGAUCUUGCCCAUAAUCCGUUGUCUGUUAGUUUUAUUAAUAUUGUUACAAAAAAAAAAGAAUCUAAUCUAUAAAUUUCGGCACCAAACCUGGAAACUACAUAGCACCGGUAAAUUUUGAAUGACAAACUUGACGCUCAAUCUCAAGUUAGAAAAAGUAUAAACUCUAUAAAUAUUCUAACACUGUUACAAUCGUAGAGUCACUUAUCUUUAAAACUAUACAGUAGAAUUCCAUUUAUUUAAACAUUAUUGAAGAGACCUUCUACUGUGGCAGUUAACUUGUCAAUAAAUGGGAUUUUACUGCUAAACGUAUGUAUGAAUUGUCCAGUUAAUUAUCUAAACGUGUACAAAAAAAAAAAAAAAAAAAAAA